AGAAAGAAAGAACAAAAGAAAAAGAAAGAAAGAACAAGAGAAAGAAAGAAAGAAAGAAAGAAAGAAAGAAAGAAAGAAAGAAAGAAAGAAAGAAAGAAAGAAAGAGGUUUAGGAGAUGCUUCUCCAGUCCACAAAAGUCAGCGGCACAGGCACCUCUGGGCGGAAUAAAGCGGCUACAGCUCAUUCAGAAAAAGAGACCGGGGGGGGGGGGGGGGCAGUGCUCCCCACGGGGGCACUCUUCUGGCCAGAGUCGAGGGGCAAAGGACCCUCAAGCGUCCCCACCAUUGUCUGCUGGAGAGACCAAAAACUCCCCCGGGAACGCCUGAACUCAUCCUCGCCCCUUCCCGAGCUGAGCUUUCUUGCUCUCUCUCUCUGGUCCCAUCCGAGGCGACAAUUUCAUCUUUGGCCUCUCCAGAAAGAUUUGGAGAGGCGGGCAAGAGCAGGAGGGGAUCGUGUGCGCCUGUGCGUGGGGCAACCGGGAGUUGCGGGGCGGGGGGGGGGAGAGAGAGAGAGAGAGAGAGAGAGAGAGGGCUGCCCCCAGCCCGUCUCGUCUGGACCUGCCUCUGGAGCGCCACAUGAUGCGCUGCAGUCCGAGGAAAAGCCCCGAGUAUUGAGUAGCACUCAUUCCUCCCCCCCCCCAGUGCAUUACCUCCCUCUCUCUCCCUCUCUCUCUCUCUCUCUCUCUCCGGGCUCGCUACCUCCCCCCCCCCCCCCCGCGCGCCGUAAUAAGAGUAUUUGUCUAAUCCCAAAUUGCAGCCGGCGAAUGUCUCCCGCGCUCCGCUCAUAAAACCCCGGGAUGGAGGGCAGGCGCAAGGGGCGGCAGCCGGCGGCACAGAGCCACGCAGCCUCCGCCGGACCGGGGGCUGCCCGCGGGUGGGGGAGAGGCUUAGCCGGGGAGGCGAGGGGGCGCCAGGACGGCCGCGCAGGUGGGCACCAGCAGGUAAGGCAGCCGCGGGACGGAGGAUCGGGACCAGGGCGCGGCGUGCAGCAGACGGGCCAGAGGCGCCUCCUCCGCUUGUCCCGGUCCGACGGGCUGGCCUGCGCUCCCUUCACGGCCUCCGCGGCCUCUUUUCAGGAUCGGACCCCGCUUGGAUCCCGCGCAAGCGGCCCUUUUUCCGGUCAGGCAGACCCGCCGGGGCGCCCUCCUUUGCGGGGGACUCCCCUGAAACGGGACAAGAGCGAUCCGAGGCAGGAGGGCUGGCGAUCGGCGCUUCCGUGGGAGAACCCGAGAAUCGGGGCCAGACUCUGCCAAGAGCCGAAGUGGGCGGGGGGGGGGGGUUGCUUGUUUGGAAAGGAGCCUUCCCCUUUCCUUCGAGGAGACCCCCCCCCCCUUGCCCGGGGGAGGGGUUUCAGUUGCGGCUCUUUAGCCGGAGGACUUAAGUCGGCUGCUUCGUCCCCUCCCCGCGACUGGAGACCUCGAUUUCCCCAAAGAUGCCCCCAGCCAACCAAGGAUCCCCCACCCCACCAGGUGCGCUGGGCCAGGGAGAGGAGGGCCAGGUGGCGAUGCUGCCCGGGGGGGGGGGUGACCCUGAAUUACCCACAGCCCCCCCAAGAGCAGCCAGCCAGAGAGGCAGACAGGAGCCCCCCCCCCCGAUUGGGAUCGAGGCCCCAGGGGCCAGCCGUCGGGUGGCCGGGAGAACAGAUCGGUCCGGCCGUGGCGAUGGGACUCCUGGGGAUCGGGUCCCAGCGCCCUCGCCCCUGGAGCGCCCCACCCUUGGCAGACCGGGCGGACGGGACAUGCCCCGAGAAGACUUCGCCCCCCCUCCCAUUCUGAGCCCCCCCGCAGCCGAUGGGGCGCCGCUGGACCGGACGCCACCAUUCACCUCCGUCCUCCCUUCUCUUGCUCGGGCCAAACGGAAGGAGAGCCCAGUGGGGUUGGUCUGCUCUGCUGGGCAGCCCGGAGAAACCUUGGAGGUGUUGGGGGGGGGGGAGAGAAAGAGGGAGGAGAAAAAUACAGGGGGGAGGGGAAGGUGAGCCCGAAUGGCCUCCAUUCAUCCUAGGAGAUGAGCCAGUUUCAUCCCUUUGGCGCACCAGCACCCUUGGAAAGACGGGUCCCUCCGAAGGUGCCAGGCUGGCCUCUCCUAGCUCCGGUUAUCAUUUUAACCAGAUUAUUGGACAUGGCAGCGGAUUCUCCUGGCAGGGCUGGGCUGUUCCCCUGCCCCCCCCCCCCCCCCCAGCUGGAUGUGGGGAGCCCUUCCUCUCUCCAACUCCCCCCUGGUAUCCUCCCAUUACCUGAGCAGAGAAAAAUCAAGCCACCCUCUUGGCAUGGCCGGCUCCAGAUUCCUCCCCUUGCCCUUUCUGGAAAAAAUUCCCCGGGCUCCCACAGCCAAAGGAGUCUUCAACAAAAACAGAGAGGGGGGAAAGGCAAUUUCUUGUGAAGCCGAUUCACAUCCAGAAGGACCGCAGUUGCCAAACUUAAUGUAUAUCUGUAUCAUUCGGACUUGUUGAAUAGGGGGAUCCCAACAGGAAAGAAUCGAGGUUCCAGAGCAGAGUCUGAGGUGAAUAACAUAAAAUUGUUUACACCGAUCUGUUCUCCCGGCCACUCUUUCUACAAAAAGUCAACCCAACUCCUCAGACGAAACUUUGCCUACACUUCUUAGAUUUUUAAGAAUCGAAAAAAGCUUAUUUGUACACACACAAACUAUGUCCAUUCCCUGUGUAUGGAAAGCGUUCAAAAAUUGGACCAAGGUACAUGUAAGCCCCAAUAAAUCUCUCCCACUGUUCUCCGUCAGAAUAACUCAGAAAGGUGAAACCAAAUCGGAUAAAUUGAUUGUUAUGAAGAGGUUAAAUCUGACAAUAAUCGUACAUAUUUCUGUUGCUGAAGCACCUCAGACAAAAAAAAUGGAAUUGUUGUUCUUUUGGCAAAGAUGGUUAGAAAAGCAACGGGCAGAGUAAUGGUAAGAAAGAUCCACUUUAUUGAAAAUUUAUACAUGACUCAGUAUUGUAAUAAAUAAAAGGUAACAGUUCCCACCCCAAAAAAAGGAAAAGGAAAAAAAAGAGCAGAACGCUACAGAAGGAAAUAUUACCUUGCAAGGGAAUUUUAGAAACCAUGGCAAGAGAGACUCCUGAUGGAUACAGAAUAAAUAUUAACAGCAUUGUGGAGCCAAACUGCAGAGGUACAAGAGCAUGGAGAACCGGGAACUAAACUUAGGAGGUAAAUAAAUAAUUUUCUGUUUUUUAAAAAAAGUAUGGAUUGCCUCCAAAGAAGAAACUUUUUUUUCUCUGUAAACUGAUCACACCUCAGUUAGACUCAUGGGACAAAAACUUCUUUAGAUCAACAAGAGCUCUUGCAAGGUUAAAAACCUGCCCUCUUACGAGCAAACCCAAAAAAGCUUUAUAAUUAAUACUUAUAAUCAAAAUGUAAAACCAUUGCUGAAAUAAACAUCAGUAAAAUAGCACAUUUUAAUAAACAGUCUGAGUAUGAUCUAGCUAUAAAAUUUUAGGAAGCAUAUUAAAUAUUACACAUGGCAGGACUAGAUGAAAAAAAAAUCAGAGUAAUUGUCUUUGUUCUUCCUUUACACAAUGGUAUUAUUAAAAAAAAAUUUGACACCCCCCCACCCCGCCUGCUGUAAACAUCUCUGAUGUUACCACAAUACACAUUUCUUUAAAAUAAUUUUUAAAAUUAUGUCUACACUCACAAGUAAAUCCUAGUUUGAAAUAAUAUUGCUUAAAUGGAAAAGGGGUGGUAAUAGUAAUGAAAUAAUCCCAGGUAUAGCUGGUCUACCGAAAUGGAAGGUUUAACAUUUUCCAAAGUGUACUAUUUAUGGUUAUGUUUUCAUUCCCCAGUCUUGGCGCCUCUAUUUCCAAACUGCAUCAAGGGUUAGGUUAUAAAACAUGACAGUGCCCCCUGUGAAGUCGGUUACUGAAGGACGCACUUCUCUUCUUUCUUGGCCAUCUUUCCUUUGUUUUGCUCAAGAGUCCUUUCCAAAUGUUCAUCCUCCUCUUCAGCCCUGGAAAAUCAAACCCCACAGCUGUUAGUUUUCCUAAUAAAUGUUCCACAAGACAAUAAAUUCUGCAAAGGACCCCUCCGGAAUUUCGGACCCAAACUUUGCUCCAGGGUCCAGGUCGUGCCUUUUGUCUGGAUGAGGUGGGAGAUGGUGGGACACUGCAGGAAGCAAAGACUUCAUGGAAUAUUUUUGAAUCUGAUCAUUUCAAUUUUGGAUUACUGAGCUUCCUUCAAAGUUUUCCUGCUCGAAUUAAACAAUCAGCUAAAACUAGGAGCGGGCACACGGGGUGGGGGUGGGGAGGAAAGGUGACUCCCUUUAGAGAUAUUGGCCAAAAUGUCAAGAGAUCAAACUUACUGUUUUUCUUGAGCAUCUAAGUCUCUGACUAGCGCAUCACGUUUAUUAACCAGAAUAACAAGUUCGUCUAGCAAAAGCUGCUCUCGCCUUUUUUGGGCUUCGGUCUUUUGCCAGUCUGAAAUGAAAAGAAACCCAGAAAUCUGUACCUUGAAAGUUUAACAUCCACAAUCCAUAUAAAUCAGUUUCAGAUUUUUGGAUUUUACACCAAACACCUCUUCCUUUACAGGAACCACGAUGGGCUGAAGAACGUCAUUCAUUGUACAAUCCUCUGGAUUAAUCUACCAAGUCCUUCAUUUGACUUUUUUAGAUGGCUACUUGAGAAAUUAGAGAACACAAGGUUGCUGUCUCAACUGAUACCGGCCCAUAUCUUCUAGUUCUAGGAAAGGAUGGCUUUGGACAAAAAUUAUCAUUACUCUCUCCCAUCUAUUUUUUUUAAGAUAAAAAAGCAAAGAAAUCUCCCCAUCUCUACACAGCCCAAGUUGUCAGAUGUAGAAACAGCCUCUGCCAAACCGCUUUGCAGUUCAUUUCAGGGCUAAGUUGCUGCAGUGACAGAAACUCAGGUGGAAAUGGAUAUGGGCCAGACUCCUCGCUUUGGCAAUCUCUGCCUUUUUCUUUUGGACUAACAUGUGAGCCACACCAAGGCCAUAUUUCUGACAGCAAAGAUCUACAUUUUCAUAAACGGGAAAAGUUGGUCUGACAUUUUUUUGACUAUCCUGAUUUUGGAGGCAAGUUCCGGAACCUUGACUGACUUCAGAUGCGCUUUCUCCUGAGCAAGCUGUGUAAGAACUAGAAUUGCCAAUGCCCAGGCAGGGGCUGGUGACCUUCCGGAAUUACAACCACACUCCAGUCGACAGAUCAGUUCCUCUGGAGAAAACGGCUGCUCUGGAAGGUGGACUCUAUGGUAUUAUACCCCACAGAGGUCUCUUCCUUUCCCAAAUGAAGCAAUCCUCAGGUGACUCAGAGUUGGAAAUCCCAUUAAGAACUGGUUUUAGCUCUUCUUUACAAGCACCCAGUCCAUCUAUAUAUCUAUGUGGAAUUAGACCCCCAUAGACCUAAUUGCAGUGGGGUGCUCAUGGGGCGUGAUUUUGAAGUUUAAAAAUAAAGAAGCAGCCAAAAUAAAGAAGCAGAAGAGUUUGGAUCUCUCCUGUCGGGAGUCAGGAGUCUCAAAGCAGCUAACAAACGCCUUUCCCUUCCUCUCCUCACAGCAGACACCUUGUGAGGUAGGUGGGGUGAGAGAGUUCUGAAGAACCGUGACUUCAAAUCUUAUUUAUUAUUGAGUUAACUGAUUUUGUACUGUAUUUGUAAUUUGUGCAUGGGGGCUUGUACGGGUUAACUACUUAACUAAAUAGGUUGGUAAGGAUGUUAACCACCAGCUGGGGCCUGGAGAUCUUCUGGAAUUACCACUGAUGUUCAGACUCCAUCGGUUCCCCUGGAGAAAAUGGCAGCUUUGGAGGGUGGAGUCUAUGGUAUUAUACUCUGCUGUGGUCCCACCCCUUCCUAAAUCCAACCAUCUCUCAAAUCUCCAGGAAUUUCCCAAACUUGAGUUGGCAAUCCUAGAAUGCUUAGUGGGGGUUGGGGAGAAGAGAAGGAAGCAGGGAAUGUUGAGGAUGUGGGGUGCUAGGAGAACAGAAGGAAAUAAUCGACUCAGGAGGGCGAUACAAGGGAAAGUGAGGUGAUUCCCACGAGUCCUUGCAGGUUCCCCACCAUGUAAUUGGCCUUGAUCUAGCUGGCACCAUACAAAUGAGCCCAGCUCAGCCAACACCAGCAAUUGGCCCUGCCUGGCCCUGUGACUGGCACCAUGCAACUUGGCCAGAGUUUUCUUCGCUUUUCUCUCCCACAAGAGUUUCAAAGCAGCUUACAAACCCCUCCCCUCCCUCUCCCCACAACAGACACCUUGUGAGGCAGGUGGGGCCAGUGGCGUACCGCUGGCCCCCACUGAGCUCCCCACCCAACUUUCCUGUUGCCCCCCACUGCUGCUCUGGCAAAAAGAACCCCCCCCCACAGAUCUUUUCCUCUGCUCUGUCCAAGCAACACAUGGUUGGAGCCACUUGGAGAAGGAAAAGGGUGUGUGGUGGAGGGGGAGGUGGCCUGGUGGUGGUGGGAGUUUGGUGGGGGGGGGCAGUGAGUUUGGCCAGGGUUGGGCAGGUGGGAGAGUGGGGCAGGGUGGGGGGCCAAAAUGCUCCCCACGUGGCCCAGGCAUCGAUUGACUCCCCUGUUCCCCAUAGAUACACCAGCGGAUGGGAUUGAGACAGUUCCGAGAGAGCUGUGACCAGCCCAAGGUCACACAGCAAGCUUCAUGUGUAGGAGUUGGGAAAGCAAACCUGGGUUUGCUACAGUGGAGAGUCAAACCCGGUUCUCCAGAUCAGAGUCCACUGCUCAACUACUACAUCGCGCUGGAAAAAGGAAGAAGGGAAAACUGAAGAUAGGUGGGGCAGCAAAAAGGAAUUUGGUUGGUGAGGGAAGGAGAGAAGGAAACAGGAAAAAGGGAGAGGUUACAGGGGUUUUCAGGGCAGGUAAAGAAGGGAUGGUAAAUGAGAUGCUCUCUGAAAGUUCUUGUUGGCCUCCCAUUUGCAUUGAUUAAAAAUAAAACAUGCUGAGAUUAUGCUUGUUGCAGGUCUAGAAAAAUUACUUGUUUUUCUCCUCUUGCAGACACUGCUUAGAUCUUAACACAUUACUUUGUGUGAAAUAUCUAUUUUGGGGCAAAAAACUUUAAGUACCCAUAUCAAAACAAGGUCAUUUGGGGGGUUACUCCCAAGAAUGUGUUUUUAUGGACUGGGGUGCAGGCCUGCUUAAACCGAAGUACUGGGGCAAUUUGCUAAUGCAGUCAAAUUUGGCGAGUCAAAUUUGUACAGAAUUACAUAGAAUUAAAAGUUCUGCACUGAGUAAAAUCAAGUUUCCAAAA